AUGGGCAACGGACAAAAAGCGCAACACAAACGGGAACGAGCCGCUAAAAACGGGGCAAAAGCUGGAUCCACAAGUCAAAAAAAAGCGAAUGAAGCGGCAAGAACUAUAAUCUGUAGUGUAUGUCGCAAUACUUUUUUAUGUACUGUGAGGACGAAAGCGUUAAAUGAACACGCAACAAACAAACACAGUAAAAAUUUGGACGAAUGCUUUCCAGGAUUCGUCGAAAUGUAA